AUGCCAGUUAGUAUCCAGCUCGACAUUGGAGAUGCGCGGCAGGCGGACGAAACUCGGCCCAGCUACGAAGAGGCAAUUGCAGCAGGGCCGAACCAAGCGGCGCCGCCGCGCGCUGCGUCCGUAACGGAUUCAAUCCGGUCCUCGCUCUCCCCUUCCACCGGCAACUUCGCACCCUCCGUUCUCCGCCUCCGCGAGAUUAAUCGUUUCCAAUGCACGCGCGGCGACGUGACGAGACUCACCAUCUCCCCGAAGGAUCUCGUCGCCGUCUCCCACGAAGAGCUGGGCCCCCAUUCGUACUCGUCGACGAGGAUGUGGGAUUUCCGCCAUAAAACAGGUACCAACUUCAUAUCGUCAGAGGUAGGCGACUGUCCACUCGUACUCUUCAGCGGCGACGGCAGGUUUUCCGCGGCCAUUGAGCAAUCUUCGGACGUCGGGAGAGCGAGGUUCCGCGAGACGGGCAGUAAGAUGUGGAAGUCUAACAUCAACGGUCUCCGAACGCCGGCGGCGUUUCGCGACGACGGGAUGGCGUUCGCGGCGACGGAUGCGAGAGGUUUGGUGCUUGUUUACGAGACCACUCCCACUGCGCCGGGGACCAAGGGGAUGUUCCCUUCGAAUAGGGUCGCGGGGAUCGUGAACCAUGCUGAGCCGACGCAUGUGAAGUUCUUGCCGAGCGGGGACGUGGUGACGUUGUCGCGGGACGGGACGGUGAGGAUAUCGGACGCCAAGACGGGGAGGACGCUGAGGAGGAUGGAGGUUGACGGCGUGGUCACUGCGACGGGGCGCGGGGCGUGUGAUUUGGGCGUUUCGAGGGACGGGAGGGUGAUUGUGUCCGUUUGGCCGCGGGCGGUGUAUCUCUGGGAACAUGAAGGCGGGAGUAUGUGUAGUUGGGAGUUGAACAAGGUGAGGACGGACGAGGGGUGGCCGUUGGCAUUGUCGCCGGAUUGCAGGUAUUUGGCGUGCCGGACGGAGAACGGGAUGGAUAUCUCGGACACGUAUUCCGGACAGGUGCUUGCGGCGGUGAAUACGGAACCGGGGAUCGACGGGUUGGUUACUGCAGCGGCGUUCUCGCCUGAUGGGAAGACGGUUGCUGUUGGACGGUAUGAUGGCGUGGUAGACAUUUGGGAAACGUCGCCAUUUGGAGUUUGA